AUGCAAAUUAAAAUCAAAAUGUACAUGGACUAAUUGGUGUUCCUCUACUAAUAAUACAUGUGCUACUUAUAAAAAUACUUAUUACUCAAUAUGUACCAAUUCUAAAGUAAAUGGUAUUCUGUGCUUGUUAAAAAUCUAAUUCAACAUGCAGAGCUUAAGUUUAUGAAGAUUAACCAGCAACAAUUACUUCUUAUGCUUAAUGUUAAAGCUUUGCUGAUAUUUGUACUACGACUGGAGCUGCUUGCAUAGCUAUUUCAACAUUUUCAUUAUAAAAGACACAAACUAUUUUAUAGCUGCUUCAACAAUUAAAGAUGGAGUAGGUAGAUACGGUUGGGAUACUACUACAAGUAAAGCAGAGCUAGAGGUUGCAGUUAUAAAAAUGGCUUAAAUGAUGGUGAAUGUAAUACCUUCCUUUCAAGAUGUAAAGCAAAUGGACCACAUUGUGUGAUCGGAUAUCAUAUACUAAAUUCUCUAAUAAGCAAUUCUGUUUUCAAUCUAAACUUUGACCAUGUCUUUGGGUUAAUGGAUAAUGUUAUGACAGUUGUGAAGAUGCAGUGA